UCAACACAGCUCAACUUUAGUCGGUCUUCAAUAAUGUAGUAGGGGGCUUAUCGAGAAGAACCCUAACAGACUUUAACACAGGCUAAAAUAACCAACGAACUCUCGUGGAGUGAACGGUACUUUUGUUCCUCUAGCGCUCCAAGUUAUCGCUUAAGUGAGGCAUAUAGUUUAAUUGAAGUCAAAAGUGUUUUUUGAUGUUGUUUUCGUGUCUUCGCUAGGCUAAUGCCAGUCAGUCAGACCAACCGUAGUUUGUUUGAACUUCUGAGAGCGAGCCCGGUGCCAGUGACAGCAGCAGAGCGAGCUUGUAUUCCGCUGUCGCAACUCCUCUUCAACCCAUGCACCCGUCCAAGCAGUGAAAACGGAAUCUGAAGGGAAAGUUUUUUUAAAUUUUAUUUUAAGGUUUGAAGAUAUCUUACCAACCCGGGUGGAUCACAGCUGAAGCACCAUGGAGGGCUCACCGGACCUCAGCCAACAGAAGGCCACCUGCCCACCUGUGCCAGGGUCAUGCAUUCUUCCUGGCCACCCGUCUGGCCAAUGCAGGCUUACCAUCUGGGGUCCUCAGGGAGCCCUGUUGAGAGAAACAGUGGUGAAGACAUCACACAGCGACGCCCAUGUUCCAGACCUCCCAGACAACAGACCUAUGGAGAUGCAGGACCUAGUCAGCCCUCAGAACCGCGUGGUGGGCAGGGACCCGUCUGGCUCCAAGCUGGACCAGAACAACCUGACAGGCUCGUCCAUCACCACCAACGGAACCGGAGGAGAGAACAUGACUAUUCUAAACACGGCUGAUUGGCUGCUGGGCUGCAGUAGCCCGCCCCCCGGCCACAGUGGGAAGGACUAUGGUAUUGACUUUAAAACAGAGCCUAUGAACAGCAGUGAGACAGUCACAACCAGUGGGGACUCAACACUGGACAGUUACACAGGAUCUGUGAUCACCAGCAGUGGAUACAGCCCUCGAUCUGCUCAUCAGUACUCCACAUCCAUCUAUCCUUCCAAGCCGUACCCCCACAUUCUGUCCACGCCGGCAGCCCCUCCCAUGCCAACCUACGCUGGCCAAUCCCAGUUCACCAGCAUGCAGCCAUCAACCGUCUACACCGCCUACUCCCAGACAGGACAGGCCUACGGACUGUCAACCUAUGACCUGGGGGUCAUGUUACCAGGGAUCAAGACAGAGGGGGGUCUCUCCCAGACCCAGUCCCCUGUGCAGACCGGACUCAGCUACAGCCCAGGCUUCACCACCCCCCAGCCGGGACAGACAGCUUACUCACCCUAUCAGAUGCCAGGGUCCAGUUUCACUUCAUCCACUGGUCUGUACUCCAACAACUCUGUUUCCAACCCAGUCAACUACACUGCAUCACAGCAGGACUAUUCCUCGUACACAACAUUUGGCCAAAACCAGUACGCCCCGUAUUACCCCGCCUCCACCUACGGAACCUACAUGACGUCCAAUAGCGUUGACGGAACUGGCUCCUCGUCAGCCUAUCAGUUGCAAGACUCUGCCCCCAUCAUGACAGGACAGGCCGCUGAGCUCCACCCAGAGGACUUCAACACAGUACAGAGUCCAUCGACACCCAUAAAGGAGCUGGAUGAACGUGGCUGUCGGAGUGGAGGAGGGGCUAAGGCCAGAGGGCGGGGCCGAAAAAACAACCCCUCACCACCACCUGACAGUGACCUGGAGAGGGUGUUUGUCUGGGAUUUGGAUGAGACCAUCAUAGUCUUCCACUCCCUGCUGACAGGCUCCUAUGCACAGAAAUACGGCAAGGACCCUCCCAUGGCAGUGACCCUGGGGCUGAGGAUGGAGGAGAUGAUCUUUAACUUGGCUGACACACACCUGUUCUUCAACGACUUAGAGGUGGGUGUUCAGGAGUGUGAUCAGGUCCAUAUUGAUGAUGUGUCAUCUGAUGAUAAUGGCCAGGACUUAAGUACUUACAGUUUUGCAACUGAUGGCUUCCAUGCAGCGGCGACCAGCGCAAGUCUGUGCCUGGCGACGGGUGUCCGCGGGGGGGUGGACUGGAUGAGGAAACUGGCCUUUCGCUACCGGAGAGUCAAAGAGAUGUAUAGCACUUACCAGAACAAUGUGGGGGGCCUGCUGGGUCCGGCUAAGAGGGACGCGUGGCUACAGCUGAGGGCCGAAGUGGAGGCCUUAACGGACUCCUGGCUGACCAACGCACUCAAGUCCCUGUCCAUUAUCAGCUCCAGGAAUAACUGUGUUAAUGUGUUGGUGACAACCACCCAGCUCAUCCCAGCUCUCGCAAAAGUGCUGUUGUAUAGUCUCGGAUCGGCCUUCCCUGUCGAGAACAUUUACAGCGCAACCAAAAUAGGUAAAGACAGCUGUUUUGAGAGAAUAGUGUCCCGCUUUGGAACUAACAUUACCUAUGUUGUCGUUGGCGACGGGCGAGACGAGGAGCACGCAGCAAGCCAGCACAACAUGCCCUUCUGGAGAAUAUCAAGUCACUCUGAUCUGCUGGCGUUACACCAAGCACUGGAGUUUGAAUACCUGUAACUGUUACCGUAGCAUUGGACUGUUACUGUGACUGUAACUAUAGCAACAGACUGUUUCAAUAACGGUUCCUGUAGCAACGGGCUGUAACCUUAUCAUUGGAGUGUCACCGUAACUGUUACUAUAGCAACUGACGGACACACACCAGUACUACUACCUGUAAUGGUGACGAUGGCAACGGGAGACUGACUGUAGUCCUCCCCCACCCGACCCCUCCCUGCAGCCUUCUUCCUUUUGUAUCUAUUUAAGAAAACAACCACAAUGCACUGCAACGUUUUGGUUGUCGUCGUCGUCGUUUCUAUUUGUGUCUGUUGAUUUUUGAAACGUCCAGAUGUGAGUACUCUGAACUGUCUUAAGACGACGAGGACUGAGAGAGGAGAGGAGGGAGCACGAGCGAUGGAGAGGAAGAAGAGAAAUCAAGGAGAGGACGGAGAUGAGAAUCCACUCCUGCUGAACGAGCCUCAACCUUUGACCUCUGACCUUACGCUGGCCUAACCUCCCUGUAACGUAUCCAGGGAGCAGAGAUCCAGACUCCCAAACAGCACUCUAUUCUCCACUACUUUGACCAAGACCCCCAGGGUGCCAUAGGGAUCUCAUAGGGCUCCCUAAAAGAUUCAUAGGGAUCUCAUAGGGCUCCCUAAAAGAUUCAUAGGGAUCUCAUAGGGCUCCCUAAAAGAUUCAUAGGGAUCUCAUAGGGCUCCCUAAAAGAUUCAUAGGGAUCUCAUAGGGCUCCCUAAAAGAUUCAUAGGGAUCUCAUAGGGCUCCCUAAAAGAUUCAUAGGGAUCUCAUAUAGGGCUCCCUAAAUGAUUCAUAGGGAUCUCAUAUAGGGCUCCCUAAAAGAUUCAUAGGGAUCUCAUAUAGGGCUCCCUAAAUGAUUCAUAGGGAUCUCAUAUAGGGCUCCCUAAAAGAUUCAUAGGGAUCUCAUAUAGGGCUCCCUAAAAGAUUCAUAGGGAUCUCAUAUAGGGCUCCCAAGGCUUCGUAGGGCUCCCUAAGGCUUCAUAAGGCUCUAGUUUAAAGGUAGUGUACCAAUGCCUCAACAGUUAAGUGUUAUCUUCCCUCCUAACAGGCAUUCUACGACCUGGUCUGAACCAGUCAGUCACUCAUGUAAAUGAUUUCACAGCCCUUAUUUCAACAAUGUUUAAGGUGUUUGUGAUGGAAAAUAAACUUAAUUUUUGGGGUUCUUUUUGUUUUUUGUAAGGUUUCAUUUUUGUGGGACAAGGAGAAUGUGCGUCAUGAUGUGUUGUGCCUUAUAAACAUGCUGUGUGUUUGUCAAUUUUUGUUUAUUUGGAAAUGUGUAUGUAUGUAGAUAAAAGAACAAAAUGAAAACUUAAAAGCCCUCGUGUCGUUAUUUGAGCCACACUCGAAUUGCAGCAAAUGAAA